CGUUCCUGUUGCCGCGGGGCGCUAUUGGGACGGACCGGCGGUGUGCGAGGGCAACUGAGUAGCCAUGGCCGGUUCCGCUGCUGCCCCUGCCUCGGGGCCCAGCACUCCCCGGAGGCUGAAUGUGAACGUGGGGGUGCUGGGGCACAUCGACAGCGGCAAGACAGCGUUGGCCCGGGCGCUCAGCACCACCAGUUCCACCGCCGCCUUCGACCGGGCCCCGCAGAGCCGCGCUCGCGGCAUCACCCUGGACCUGGGCUUCUCCUGCCUCCGCACCUCGCUGCCGCCGCACCUGGGCCCCGGCCCCGGCGAGCUCCAGCUCACUCUUGUGGAUUGUCCGGGACACGCUUCCCUCAUCCGCACCAUCAUUGGAGGUGCCCAGAUUAUUGAUUUGAUGAUGCUUGUAAUAGAUGUGACAAAAGGGAUGCAGACUCAGUCAGCAGAGUGCUUGGUGAUUGGGCAAAUUGCCUGCCAGAAGAUGGUAGUAGUUUUGAACAAAAUAGACCUUCUUCCAGAGGGGAAGAGACAAGCUGCCAUUGAGAAGAUGACCAAGAAAAUGCAGAAGACUCUGGAAAAUACAAAGUUCCAAGGGUGUCCUAUUAUUGCUGUUGCAGCUAAGCCUGGUGGACCAGAAGCCCCAGAGACUGUGAAUCCAAUAGGUGUUUCUGAACUAAUUGAGGUCCUGAAGUCUCAAGCUUACCUGCCAACAAGAGACCCCACGGGAUCCUUCCUUAUGGCCAUCGACCACUGUUUCUCCAUCAAGGGUCAAGGCACAGUGAUGACGGGGACUGUUCUUUCUGGCUCUGUUAGCCUCGGUGAUAAUGUGGAGAUUCCUGCCUUGAAGGUGACAAAGAAAGUCAAAUCUAUGCAGAUGUUCCAUACUCCUGUAACAUACGCUAUGCAGGGUGACAGAGUAGGUGUCUGUGUGACCCAAUUUGAUCCCAAGCUGUUAGAACGAGGUCUCAUCUGUACUCCAGAAUCUCUCCAAACCAUACAUGCUGCUGUCAUCUCCUUGAAGAAAAUUCAGUAUUUCCGUGGUGCUCUUCAGACCAAGGCCAAGUUUCACAUCACAGUUGGUCAUGAAACAGUCAUGGGAAGAGUGAUGUUCUUCAGCCCAGCCCCUGCUGACUUCAGCAAAGAACCUUGGGAGACUGCUUUUGAUUUUGAAAAGGAGUAUCUUUAUCAAGAGGAAUACUUAUCCAAGGGCUCAAACUCUUCAGAGGAGAACAAGGAAAAUGACCAAUCAGGAGAAGGACAGCUUCCGAGGCAACAAUGGGCUUUGCUGGAGUUUGAAAAACCUGUCACUUGUCCUAAAUUGUGCCUUGUGAUUGGCUCUAAGCUGGAUACUGAUAUUCAUGCAAACACUUGCAGGCUGGCAUUUCAUGGAGUACUGCUUCAAGGGAUGGAAGACAAGAACUACAUUGAGACUUUUCUUCCAAAGCUGAAAGUGUAUAAAUUAAAGCAUAAACAAGGACAAGUGGAGAGGGUGCUGGAUGAUUACAAUGUGAUUGGUCGUUCAUUGUUUAAGAAGGAGACCAACAUCCAGAUUUUUGUAGGGCUAAAAGUCAAACUAUCUACAGGAGAGGAUGGAAUAAUAGAGGGUGGCUUUGGGCAGAGUGGCAAAUUUAAAAUCCGAAUUCCAGGGAUCACCAGAACGUAAACAUCCUUCCAGACAAAUCAUAUUUUGGUGCUGGAUCCUGGCAGUUAUAUCCUGGACUUUUUGAGUUCGAGUUGCACACUUCAAUUAUUCUGCAGAUUCAGCUCGCUGCCUAGAGGUGGACCAACAAACCUAUGGAUGAGUGGCAUACUGAAUGCACACUUGAUAAAAUGUGCUUGAUCUAAGUGGUAAAUUAAGUCUGGAGCUCCAGAAAUCAUGGAAGUUUUAGUAAAUAUGGUAAAAGUUUCUGGCCAUGGGACUUGCAGUAUUAAAACCUGAGCUCCAUUUAGUAGAAUGAAUGCUGACUCUGCAGAGAGGAUGCCGGGCUAUGUACAAUUAAGUCCAUAAAACUCUUGCUGACCUUGAAAAGACCCCCAGCAAACUGUGGGAACUUUCAGAUUGUCUUCUCUGAUUUUUUUUGUGAUGUCAUGUAAAUAUGAUAACUGCUUUUUAAUUAAAAAAGAAAAAUUAGAUGGCAUUUCAAAUUGUGUCCAUG